GAGAGUGAGAACGCCAUGGUGUUUAAAUGCCGUCGGCUGGCGGAAGAUUGUUUGACGCACUCCAUGGAUUUGCAGUUGAAUGCGAUCCGCGAGGGGAUGUGGUCUGUCCUGCCCAAACGUGUUAUUCGCUGUCUCUCGUGGCGGGAUUUGGAGCGGAUGGUCUGCGGUGACUCCAACCUAACGCCUGACCUGAUGCGACAGUCCAUUGAGGUUCAGUUGAAUGGGAUAAGGGAGCAGGCCUUUUGGCGCAUUAUGGAUGAGCUCACUGUGGAGCAGCGCUCUUCAUUUCUCUGUUUUGCCUGCGGACAGAAGAGACUUCCCCUCAUCCGCAAGAUCAGGGUGACCGAGAAUGCAGAGAGUACGGAGCAUCUUCCACGGGCACAGUCGUGUUCAUCAUUGGUGACUGUUCCGCCUUAUGAUACUUACGAACUCUUUAAGGAAAAACUGCUUCUUGCCAUCACGCAUGAAAUGGAGAUGGAACUGGCGUAG